CCCACAGUGACGACAACAAGAUCAACAGGAAGUUCUGAGCAGCUUUGUUUAUUAACUUCUCGCUCUCGCUCACUUUUUAUUUUGGAAGUCAAUAAAGUUUUAUGUGUGUUUUGUAACAUGAUUUCUGGUAUAAGAGAUUAAAAUACGAUCGUGCGCUGACUUUGUAAUGGACGCGAUCGCGAGCUGGUCUUGAAUGCAGUGAUGUUUGCGGUGCUGGGAUGAAUCGGCUGAUUGUUUGACGCGCUAACAACACUCAUGAUUCAUCAAGACCUCAGUCGUGUUUAUACCGAUCAUAUGCAUCUAAAACUAGCCACGGGAGUAGAACUGCCAAGAACUUAAUUCGGCUUUUCUCUGUGUCAAACUCAGUCGGAGUGUAAUGUAAGAGCUCAGCGGCAGCGGGAAAGAUGCCGUGCACAUGCGGGAACUGGAGGCGGUGGAUCCGGCCUCUGGUGGUGCUGCUGUACGUUCUUCUGCUCCUGGUUGUCCUUCCACUCUGUGUAUGGGAACUUCAGAAAUCAGGGGUUAGUACUCCUAAUAAGGCAUGGUUCAUCGCUGGGAUAUUUGUAUUUAUGACUAUACCCAUCUCACUGUGGGGGAUUUUGCAGCAUCUAGUACACUACACCCAACCUGAGCUACAAAAACCUAUUAUCAGAAUAUUAUGGAUGGUUCCUAUAUACAGCCUGGAUAGUUGGAUUGCAUUGAAGUAUCCCAACAUUGCCAUCUAUGUAGACACAUGUAGAGAGUGCUAUGAGGCCUAUGUCAUCUACAACUUCAUGAUCUUCCUUCUCAACUUCUUGGGAAACCAGUAUCCCAGUCUGGUGCUGAUGCUGGAGGUGCAGGAGCAACAAAAGCAUCUCCCCCCUCUUUGCUGCUGCCCUCCGUGGCCCAUGGGAGAAGUGCUUUUGCUGAGAUGUAAACUGGGGGUUCUGCAGUACACAGUUGUGAGACCUGUCACCACAGUCAUUGCUUUGAUUUGUCAGCAUUGUGGGGUCUAUGAUGAAGGUAACUUCAGUUCAAAAAAUGCCUGGACGUAUCUGGUUAUUGUCAACAAUCUCUCUCAGCUUUUUGCCAUGUACUGUCUUGUGCUGUUCUACAAGGCUCUGAGAGAAGAGCUGAGUCCCAUUAAACCUGUGGGCAAAUUCCUCUGUGUCAAGCUGGUGGUGUUUGUGUCAUUCUGGCAAGCUGUGGUCAUUGCGCUUUUAGUGAAGGUCGGUGUGAUCUCAGAAUUGCACACCUGGGACUGGGACAGCGUGGAGGCUGUAGCCACUGGAUUACAGGACUUCAUCAUCUGUGUGGAAAUGUUUUUGGCAGCCAUUGCCCAUCACUUCAGCUUCACUUACAAGCCCUACAUACAGGAAGCAGAGGAAGGUUCUUGCUUUGAUUCCUUCCUGGCCAUGUGGGAUGUCUCAGAUAUACGGGCUGACAUCUCGGAACAAGUGCGCAAUGUCGGUAGAACUGUCAUGGGUCGGCCAAGGAAAACAUAUUUUGGUGAAGAGGUUUCCCAGGAUGAGAACACAGGACUGCUGUCAGAUGGUUCUCAGGAUCCAGGUGUUGAAUCGUCCUCCACCCCUCCAUCCCCUAAGGGCCGUUACCAGGGCAUGGGCCACACCGUAACCCCCCACUCCAUCUCUGCUCCUGCCAACCUUGGCAGCGUACCAUGGGAAGGAGAUGUGGAUGAUAUCACGCCCGCUGUGAUAUCUGCCGAUCAUACAGAUCCAGGCUCAGACUAUGCAGCAAUCAUUUGACAUCACUGAGCUUCAGCUACCAAAUAUUUAAUGCACAUCGAUCUAAUGUGUGUUAACUACUGUUUCUAAUAUAUGCAGCCGCCGUUAACUCUGGUAACUAUUCAUACUCGUGUUUAAUUUGUGUUCAGAGAGGCUCGGUGAAGCUUUGGUAGCAAGAACACAUAUGAAGGACUUGAGUAGUGUUGCUCCUCCGUUUUUAUCUCUGUUUGGCAUUGUUUUGCUGAAAACAUGACCAAAUUAUAAACUGACCUCAGAGCCAAGCACAGUGAUUCUCCAAUACUAGUUUUAAUUUUUCACAUCAUCAGAUAAUGGUUCAAUUAAGACAGCUUUAUGAAUGUUUUUAUUCUAAGAAAAACUCUGUAUUGAGUCAAGUCAUUUUAGUUUUUUUUCUUCUUCUUUGUCAUUAUCUGUGAUACUUUCAUAUUUGAUUUCUUCCAUGGAGCAACACCUUGAUCAUGGACAGUAAUAUCAAAUUGCCAGGAUGCCAUGGAGAUUUGCAACAUUCCUCUCAGCAGAGUAUAUGCAUGUGGUAAAGCAACUACAGUUUGAACAUUGGCUCUAAAGCACAAAAUACUGAAGCACCCAUAUUUCUGCUUAAUUCGCUUCAGAGCUUUGCAACCUCUUCUAGACUGCUUGCUUUCAGAACAGAUUCAUGUAAUUGUCAACACAUAAAAAAAACGCUGUUAGUGUUAGUAGUCUUUCUUUUGUCUUUCUCAAAAAGCAUUUGUGUCUUUAUUUUUGGUUAUUUUAAUGAUUAAACAAAGAAAAUUAGGUUAAAAACAGUUUAGUUAAUUAUUGAAAAUUUAGAAGACUUUUAAGUUCACCUCGGGAAAUUAUGCAAUGUCUAAAUAUCAGCCAAAGUUGUCUUAUUGUUGUUACUUUUUUUGUUUUGUUUGUUUGUUUUGUUAAUGGUUUCAAUGAUCUGUCCAUUUUUAACAUCAGCUGCACAUGAGAUAUAAAUGUCAGAUAUAGUAUAACAGUAAGGGCAGAUUGUUCUAUCAUUACAGAUGUGGACCUGUGGGAAAUAUUCCCAUGUAUUUGUUUUUAUGAACUGUCAUGUGUCUCUCUGAUCCAUUCAGAGAGAUGCAUCUUCUGCAAUGGUUUGUACAGCUGUUGCAUUGCCUUAUCUAACUGUGGUUGUCACGAAUCAUUAAACUUCACAUGGAAAUGUG